UAUACGUCGGUGUCCCCUUGUGUGAGUUUUACCCGUGUUGUCCUGUUCACGUGCAUUACCCGUGUACCUGUCGUGCUGUGUCUGUUAAUUGAGUCCUCUGAUAUUAGCUGUAGGACAUUUUGCUGUUAAACAGUGCAGCUGGCUAUCAAUAUUCACGGGAACGCUAGACGAUGAAUCCUGAUUUCCCUAACGAUCAUCCAAGGAACAUCAUCCCAGAAUUAUGUCGCCUCUUCUACAGCCAAGGAUGGAUGAUGGGUUCCGGGGGCAGUCUCAGCAUUAAAUAUGGACAGGAAAUUUAUAUAACACCUUCUGGGGUUCAAAAGGAACGUGUCCAGCCCGAAGACCUGUUUGUCCAGACAGUCGACGGAGAGGACAUUUCCGUUCCACAGUCUACCAAGGGCCUUAGGAAAUCACAAUGUUCCCCUGUCUUUUUGAGUAUAUAUAGACUCAAAGCUCCAGGAGCAGUGUUCCAUCUGCACUCGAAGUCGGCAGUUCUGGCAACAUUACUCAAUAAAGGAAACACAGUUCGUCUCUCCAACCUACAAUUCGAAGGAAUUCGCAAAUGGUCAACAGGAGGAAACUACAAAUUCACAGACGAUGUUGUCCUUCCUGUUAUCGACAACACGCACACAGGAGAUGAACUUAUUGACGGAAUGGUGAAAGCUAUGAAUGACUACCCAGACACAUGCAUAGUCCUAGUCCGCGGUCACGGGAUCUAUGCUUGGGGACAGACGUGGGAACAAGCCAAACUAGUAUGUGAAUCUUACGAUUACCUGUUCGACGUCAUGUUACAAGUGCAGGCUGCUGGAGUCCGGGAGGUCCACGGAGGGGUUCUCGACUCCGGGGGAUCAACCUAAGUUUUUUUCCAGAGUCCGGAAGAUCAACUGACGGGUUCUGGAGUCGAAGGGUUCAGUUGAAGUAUUUCUGAAUCCUGGAAAACAACUGAUGGGUUCCAGAUCGCAGGGGAUCCUAUGAGGUCUGAGAAAUCAAAUUAAGUGAUCUUGAUUCAGAGGAGGGGGAGAAUUGAUGGAUACCAGAGUACGGAAGACCGACGAAUGCGGCUUUACACCUAACAAUGUCUUAAUCUAUCACUCUCUUGAAUGAACUAGCAGUUGCCUCCCUUCCAUUGCGAUUACCAUUUUGUGAAAGAGAGUUCUUCCACAAUUACCCCAAAUGCAAUAUACGGUAUUACAUAAAGAAUGAACCAAAACGUGGAUUUUGAUACCCAUUUUUAUCGAAAGAUAAGGAUUUUGUUUUUGGAUUUUGCUUUAAAAAUUUGUUUUUAAUGUCAUUCUUGAAAUCUGAAAUUCAGCCAUCCAGGCGUUACAAUUUUAGUCCCAGUUCAAUUUUUGCUUGAUAAAA